AUGAAAGGGGUGAUGAGGUUUGGUAAGAAAUGGAAGUUGAGUCUGAGAUAUAUAGGUCCUUAUGAGAUGUUACUACGACUAGGGGAUGUUGCCUAUGAGCUGAAGUUACCUAAUGACUUGGCUUCUAUUCAUCCAGUGUUUCAUGUUUCAAUGCUUAAAAAGGGUAUAGGUGAUCCAACAUCUAUCCUACUUUUCGAGGGUUUAGGAGUCGAUGAGAACCUCUCUUAUGAAGAGGCUCUAGUUAAAAUUUUAGAUCGCCAAGUGAAGCAGCAGAGAAACAAAGAGGUUGCAACCGUAAAGGUGUUAUGGAGGUUCCACCUUGUUGAAAGAGAAACAUGGGAUUUCGAGGCUGACAUGAGAUCUUAUUACCCUCACUUUUUCAGUUCUUGA